AUGACGCUGCUCAACAUUGUAAUAAGUGGAGAGCUUUCUCGUUCCAUUUAUUAUAAUACCAGUCUCAACAGGAGACUGUUUGACUUAACUGUGUCACCUUUCUUUUACAAUGAUCGGGUGCCUGCCUGUUACAUGCGAAAGAAGGAUGUUACUGAUUUGACAUUCCCAGGAUGGAGGGACAGACAAACCAGUACGGUGAAAUUUGGGCGCAUGUCGAAGAAGCAGCGCGAGAAGGUGGAGGACGAGGUGCGCUUCCACCGCGCGCAGCUGCGUGCGCAGACGGAGACGGCACCAGACAGCUCUGUCUUUGACCAGCAGACGCCUUCCUCUUCCGACCAGCUGCAGUCUGCCUACAAUGGCAGUUACUCAUAUAACAAUGAUCUGAGCAGCUACACACCUGCAGCAAGCUACACCUAUACGCCAGCACCAGUACAAGCAAUGACAUAUGAUAUUAGUGCAGACUAUGUUGACAGCACGGCCGCAUAUGAUCCUCGCCCAGGCACACAAAGUCUUGAGCUAGCAACUGAUAGUGGGAUUGUGGCUAGUGUUAGCACAGCAGGAGGGAAGACGCCGAUAGGGUCCGGGGCUGGCGCCGGCGGAGCCGGCACGCCCCAUGCAGCGCUGCGGGUGGGCAGCGGCGGGGGUUUGGUGGCGGUCAAGCAAGAGGCUGCACCUGUUGCAGCUGCCUCUGUCGAAAACUUGGUGGCGGGCUUUGUAGAUAGCACAACGUUCCUGACAGCCUCCUCCUCCUCGUCACCUGGCGGCGGUGCCCACGAGCACCAUGUGCACCAGGAGCCCACAACCGUCCACCCCAAUCCUGCCCAGAUCUCAGAGUUGCUAAGCAAGACGAUAGCAGAUGCACAUGCGAGAACAUGUUUAUACACUAUAGAACAUAUCCAUGAAAUGUUCCGAAAGCCACAGGAUAUGUCAAAAAUAAUGUAUUACAAAAACAUGGCACAUGAGGAACUGUGGCUAGAGUGUGCUCAGAAAUUAACAACAGUUAUUCAGCAAAUCAUUGAAUUUGCAAAAAUGGUGCCUGGUUUUAUGAAACUCUCACAGGAUGAUCAAAUUGUGCUUCUUAAAGCAGGUAGUUUUGAGCUUGCUGUGUUACGGAUGAGUCGAUAUUAUGAUCUAAGUCAAAAUAGUGUACUCUAUUCUGACACAAUGCUGCCACAAGAUGCCUUCUAUACUAAUGAGACUGCUGAAAUGAAGCUGGUGACAUGUGUGUUUGAAUUUGCAAAAAGUGUAGCUGAACUGAAGUUAACAGAAACAGAACUGGCAUUAUAUUCAGCAUGCAUUCUGCUUUCAACAGAUCGCCCAGGCCUUAAAGGUUUGGCUGAAAUCAGCCGACUGAGUCAAGCAGUGUUGAGAGCACUGCGCUUAGAGUUGGAUCGGAAUCAUGCUGUGCCCAUCAAGGGAGAUGUCACUGUCUGUGAUGCUAUGCUCGCCAAGAUAGCCACACUCAGGUUUGUGUUACACUGUUUUUAUUCCCAAUGUGAAAUCUGGUGCCAAAUUGCUAGUGAAUAUAAGAAAAUAAACUACCAUUUGCGUGGAAGUAUUGCUGAGUAA